AUGUCAAAAUCUUUCGGUUUCUUUGCCAUAGUAGCUUUAGUUGUUGCAGUGCAAUUAAUUGAGGUUGAAGGUGUUUGCACAAACAUUGUGGCUAAUUGUGCUCAUGAACAUGUAUAUUGUCCAUCACAAUGUGAAGCCUUUGGAAGAGGUGUUAAACCUAUAGGAUGGAGUUGUGACUUCUACAACUUAUGCACAUGUACUUACGAACAUCCAGUAACAGGACAAUUUGGAGUUAAUCAAUGCGAAAUUGGGAUGGGACUAUGCACCGAUGAUUGUAGGAAUGAUUGUUGUUAUGCAAGGUGUGAAAUCAAAUAUCCUAAGUCGGGUGUUGGGGAUUGUGUGCAAGACUAUGGUAUCGACUAUUGUUCUUGUACCUAUAGACGGCGUUGA